GGGCCGGUGGCUGGGGCGCCGCUCUCAGCGCCCGCUCGCCUCGCCCCGGGCCCGCAGGGUGAGCUCGGUGCUGAAUCGCAACUCCCGGCAGUUUGGGAAGAAGCACCUGUUCGACCAGGACGAGGAGACGUGCUGGAACUCGGACCAGGGCCCCUCCCAGUGGGUGACGCUCGAGUUUCCCCAGCGGGUGUGUGUCUCCCAGCUGCAGAUCCAGUUCCAGGGGGGCUUCUCCAGCCAGCGGGGGCGCCUGGAAGGUUCGCAGCGGGGCGAGGCGCUUAGCAAGAUUGUGGACUUCUACCCCAAGGACGACAACUCCCUCCAGACCUUCUCCGUGCCGCCUGCCGAGGUGGACCAGCUGAAGGUGACAUUUGAGGGUGCCACGGACUUCUUUGGCCGCGUGGUCAUCUACCACCUGCGGGUCCUGGGGGACAAGGCAGUGUGAGGCCCCUGCUGGCUGCCUCUUCCAGGGAGCCCUCGGAAGCACACGAGUUCUGCGCAGGCAUUUAUUGGUUCCUCUUGGGAGGGUCCCUUCCCCCACCUGUCCAGGAGCUGCCUUGGAAGCCAGGUCUGGUGCCCCUGAGCCCGGCCAGCCGUUCCAUUCCCUGAGUGUCUGAGUCCCAGCCGGCGCCCUCACUCAGGGCCUGCGGGCCCCAGGCUGCUCUGGAAGAGCUUCAGGAUGUGGUUCUCCAUCACCUGUUGCACUGGGGCAAGGAGAGACAGCGUGAGAGGGACCGGAAACUGAGGGGCUGCGGCCCAGCCUGAGCCACACCCUCCGGCUGGGACACAGGGACCCCCUGUACACCUGGGGCCCCACCAACCUCACCUCCUGGAAGUUUGUACAAAUGCUGCUUUGUUUGUUUUUUUGAGACAGGGGCUCACUAUGUAGUUCAGGCUGGCCUUGAACUCACUAUGGAGCCCAGGCUGCCUUCAAACUUAGAGAUCCUCCUGCCUCAGCUUCCUGAGAUUGUGCGCCACCAUGGCAGGCUAAAAGCAGCUGUUUUAAAGCAGGAUGCCCCUUAUGUUUUGUGCCUUCCACAUAGGCCCACCAGUCUUUUGAACUUGGACUUCCCAGUCCCUACAACCAUGAAAAUAAACCUCUUUUCUUUGUAACUCA